UUAAUAGGGUGUUGGAAUACAAAUACAAAUUUGAAUAUAAUUGAAAGCAAGCAAAAUUCUCUGUGGCCGCAUUCCAAUUAAAAUUUCCUUUGCGUAAUUCAAUUUAAUUAUAAAUACAAAAAGCGGCCGCAACAUUCGGCAGCAUGGGACCAAUAGAUAGACUAUAAAGAUAGAGUUGAAACGAAAGCAAAGCAAACAGGAAUCAAGGGAGAGGAAGGGAGAGAAGAUCGCAAUGGACUACACCAAAUUGAAUGCCAACAUCAAUACGGGCAACAUCAGCACCGAUGACUUUCUGGCCGUGUUCACAACUGGCCACUCGACCUCCGUCUCGUCAGCGUCACCGGCAGCGGGUCGUGUGCCAUCACAACAGCAACAACAGCUGCCCACCAACUCGCCAACUGGCAUCCGAUCCGCGGACAAUGGUACACUUAAUCUCAAUCCCCCACUGCUUACGGUUGAGGGGCCGUUGCUCACAUUGCCAAACCUGUUUGAUUUGCCCCCAUCGUCGGGAACAUCGUCGUCGUCGUCGAGUGGCUACAUAAAUGUGAAUGACACAAUCUAUUUUCUGAAUGGUAGCUUAUACAACAAUACCCUGCAAUUGACCAAUACAUACUAUAAUCAAAGUGGAGCGUCUGGCAAUUUGAGCAAUGGCCUGGGAUUGCUGACCAAUGCCAGCAAUGCCACCGAACUGCAUUGGGAUGGGAGAUAUCCAAGUGGCUACACGCUCACCCAUAUUGUGAUUGCUUCGAUAAUUGUCACCAUACUGAUGAUCAUUAUCGUGGUGGGCAAUAUGCUGGUGAUCAUUGCCAUUGCCACGGAGAAGUCACUGAAGAAUAUACAGAAUUGGUUCAUUGCCUCCCUGGCGGUGGCCGAUUUCUUUCUGGGCCUCAUCAUAAUGCCCUUCUCGUUGGCCAAUGAGCUGAUGGGCUAUUGGAUAUUCGGCAGCUGGUGGUGUGACAUUCACUCGGCCAUGGAUGUGCUCCUGUGCACCGCUUCGAUCAUGAAUCUAUGUCUCAUAUCGCUUGAUCGAUAUUGGAGUAUCACGAAAGCCGUCGAUUAUCUGAAGAGUCGAACGCCAGCACGUGCCGCCGUAAUGAUCACUGCGGUGUGGAUUAUGUCGGCACUCAUUUGCAUACCCCCGCUGCUCGGCUGGAAGGUGAAGAUGCCCGAGGGGCCGUUGCCCAAAUGCGAGCUAAGCGAGGACAUUGGCUACGUGCUGUACUCGGCAUUGGGAUCCUUCUAUAUACCCAGCUGCAUUAUGGUCUUUGUGUACAUACGAAUUUACUUUGCUGCCAAGGCGCGGGCGAGACGGGGCAUUAAAAAGCAUCCGCGCAAAACAAACAACGAACAGGUAACGAGCUUCACCACCGCGAAUAACAAGAAAGGAACCAUACCGAUGCCAUCCUCGAGCGGUGCAACUGCCUUGCAAUUGCAUCAGCAACGCCAGAUAGCCACAAUUGAGACGCCACCGAAUAGUGCCACGCUCCCCAUGCAAAUACCAACGGUGACCAUGGACCUAGCCUCGGAUAUAUCCACAUCAGAGGCGGGCGAAUUGGAAGCGGUGGCCGCUCAAACAGUUCUGGCAUAUGCCAAUGCCAAUGCCAAUUCCAAUCCCAAUGGUGGAUCCAAUGCCAUGGCUAAUGCAUCAGUCCAACCGUGUCCCAGUUCGCCCAGCUCACCCAAAGAGACUUUGCAGGUGAGCACCAUAGCAACAGGACGUGUUGGUCUCAAUGUACCCGUGCCGCCGUCCAUGGGCAGCAACAAUUCCAUCAAUGUGCUGAACAACAACAAUGGCACUACAACUACUACCGACACAACGGGGACAACAACAGCACCUGGAGGCAAUGCUGCAACAUUGACUGCACCAGGAGCAGCAACAACAUCAUCAUCGGCGGCAACAGCAUCUGGCAAUGAACUGCGUGUAUCGCCCACAACCGGACAACGAUGUCGUGCUCUCUCUGUGGGCAUCGACACGGACAUGGUGAGUGAAUUCGAUCCCUCCAGCUCGGACUCGGGCGUGGUUAGCAGAUGUGCAGUAGCUGUGAAGCCGCUCAAAUUUCGCCUUUGCCAGCCCAUUUUUGGACGCAAAUCGAACCAACAGAGGCGCAACGAAUCCAAAACAGCGGCAGCAGCAGCCAAGGGCAAGAAUCAUCAUCAGCAGCAGCAGCAGCAGCAGCAACAACAGCAUCAACAGCAGCAGCAACAGCAGGCCAUUAAAGCUGAACUCGAACCAGCCAUUCCUAAGACACCAAAGCCGCGGGAUCCCGAAAAGGAAAAGAGACGGAUAGCCCGCAAAAAGGAGAAACGAGCCACCCUAAUCCUUGGGCUAAUCAUGGGCAGUUUCAUUGCCUGUUGGCUGCCAUUCUUCUUUCUAUAUAUUCUGGUGCCAGCAUGUAGCAGUUAUUGCAAUAUACCGGAAUCGGCAUUUGCAAUUGCCUUCUGGUUGGGCUAUAUGAAUUCGGCCCUCAAUCCGGCCAUCUAUACCAUCUUCAACAAGGACUUCCGACGAGCCUUUCGCCGCAUCCUGUUCAAGUGAUGUUUGGCCUACGUGUGCUGUUACAGGUGCGUUUAUGCGAGCAUCGAGAAGGCUACCGAACGUGCCAUGGGCAGCACACCCAUGGGCUAUGGGCAUGGCAUGUAUCAACAUUACAGGCGUUAGAUUUGCUACAGCAUUUUCGUUUCGUUUCGUUUCGUUUGUUUUUUCGUCAUCGUGUGCGAAUCCUUGGGCCAAUCCUUGGUUGAAUUUUUUGAUUUCGAAAGUAACGAACAUUGUAGCUCAUUUCAAAAGCAAUGAACGGCUGUGAAUUUGAUGGAAUCUCUUUCAAUUUCAAUUUACGCGUUUUUGGUUUCUCACAUUUUUCGUUUCACAUUUUCUGUUGAACAGGAAUCUCUCUCCUUGAACCCGUGCUACACCUUACCUAAGCACACACUUUUCACACUCACAAAAAGGCUCAUAGAAAUGCAUGAGCUGCCCCCCCAACCCCUCUCUCUGUCUGUAGAAAGUUUCAGCUAAGCAAACAUCUAUUAUGCGACCCUCAAUAGCGAUGACGAUGGCAACGUCUAUGGCCAUUCAACUUGAAAUAAUUUCACAAAAUUUCCAUUUGUGGCUCACGAAAAAUUGCAAAAAGGUCUGGGCCCCCACCUAGAAACAGGCAAACAAACCGAAACGCAAGAGCAUCGCACUGAAAAUGCAGUGGCCAAAUGUGUCAACAGGCUGGCAAGUCAGCCAAGGUAACAUUGUUGGUUGUAAGUAGACUUUGGGUACAGUUUGCCUGGUAACCGAUAUACGGACUCCUCCCCCGACCAAUUUGGGGUCAACAAGUGUGCCACACGACGAGUUCUAUAGAUUGUAUAGAUUGUCAAGCAGCAAAAUUUAAUUUCUAUUUGAGUUCUCUCUUGCCUUUUCUUUUGGCAAUUUCGUCUCGAUGGGAAAGCCUUUGGUUAGUUUUUGGACAUUAGCCAGUUGAAUAAUUUCAUGUGCACAUAAAGGCAACUAACUUAUAAUCCAGAGAACCCACACGAAAUAAAUUACAAAGUAUUCACUUUAUACCCACACAGAAAAUAGACCAAAAAAUUUCACAGAAUAAAUGAGGGCGUUUAGAUAAGUACAUAACUCAUAA